AGAGGGGGUGAACGCACGGGUUUGAGCACCUGAGCAGGCUUGUGCUCGGUAAACCGAUCACCGCAGCCUCCAUUUCCCCGCCUCCAUUUCCUUCCUCCUCCUCCUCUGUCCUGCAUCAUCAACACAGGUUAUGCACGGCUCUGCCUGCAGUAUCCGUCCCGAACACUAAACACACCUCCUCUUCCUGACUCCAGUUGAUGCACCUCUCACUAACUGUUUCCCCCCUCUCCCUUUCCCCACCUCUUCCCUACCAAAACACACACGCACACACAUACACACGCACACACACACACGCACAGGUUGUACGGCACUGUGUGCAGUCGCUGCUGUCCCGCUGCCCGCCCUUCAAGGGCCUGGCCCCCGAGGUGUUGGAGCUGAUCGCGGCGCACUGCAUUCCCUCCGAGUACCCCACCGGGCACGAUGUGUUUAGGUUCGGAGAUGACGCGGAGGAGGGCGGGCUGUGGCUGCUGGAGGAGGGGGUGGUACUGGCGCACAGAAACCAGGAGCCGGAGGAGGCCCCCGCCGGCCCCUCGGGUGCGGGUGUGCCGUGUCUGCUGGGGGAGGGCAGUCUGCUGGCGGGGGUCAUACCCGCAUGCAGUCGCCGCAUGUGGACGCUGCGCACCAGCCGCCCCUGCCGCGCCUGGCAGCUGCGCGGCCCCUCGCUGCGGCUGGUGCAGCGGCUGUAUCCGCACGUGACGGGGGCGAUGCUGGAGUUCGUGCGGGAGCGGGUGAUGGCAUGGCUGGGGGGCGCGGCGGAGCAGGAGCACGACGGGUGGUGUGAGGUUGUUCAGCUGCUGAAGCGCUCCUUCAUCAUGGGGCCGCUGCGGGAGCGCAUCCAGGACUGCUACAUGGCACUGCAGCUGGUUGACCAGGUGGAGGGCAGUCUGGUGCGGGUGCUGGGCGCCUGGCUGGACAUGAGUGUGGAGCGGGAGCUGGUGAUGGAGGAGGACGCGGUUGACGAGCGCACCUCCGCCUUCAACGUGGCUGACGCCAUGGCUCAGGCUCAGGCGCACAACCGCACCCGCAUGACCUCCGAGCAGCACCAGCGCCAGCUGCACACGCCAGCAGCAACCCCCGAGCGGGC